AUCGGUCACUUUUAAGUUUUGACUACAUAGUCGUGCAGUCGUGUUACUCAGUGUUACUCGUGUUCAGUCGUGUUAAAUCACUUUAAAGAUGAAGAUGUUCAACUAUGGAGCGAUUGGCGUACUUUUCGUCAUUGUUUGUCUUAUUGGGGGAGAAUGUAAACCAUUGCUAGACCUAUCAGAAGAUGAUGGUUCAACAACUGGAAUCAGCACUUUCUCAGAAGAUGACAUGACCGAAGAAAGUAUCACAACAACAAUUCCUAUGAUCAGACUACCAAGAUUAAGAAGAAAUGCUGUCACAAGUUCUCCUGAAGAAUUAACUUCUACUUUAGCAACAGAAGCUGAAACAAUUGUAUCAAGAUCAAGAAGAGAUGCUGGCACAAGUUCUCCUCAAGAAUUAACUUCUACUUUAGCAACAGAAGCUGAAACAAUUAUACCAAGAUCAAGAAGAGAUGCUGGCACAAGUUCUCCUCAAGAAUUAACUUCUACUUUAGCAACAGAAGCUGAAACAAUUGUACCAAGAUCAAGAAGAGAUACUGGCACAACUUUUCUUGAAGAAUUAACUUCUACUUUAGCAAUGGUAACUGAAACAAUUGUAGCAAGAUCAAGAAGAGAUGCUGCCACAACUUUUUUCCAAGAAUUAACUUCUACUUUAGCAACAGCACCUGAAACAAUAGGACCAAUUGAUGAAUCUUUGAUUUCUACUUCUGUUACAAUUGACAGUACUGUUCAACCAUUGACGUUGAACGAGGUGCUUAAUAUUAAUGGUUUACAAUCGCUUUUGCCAGAUGAUUUUAAUGAAUCUCAAACAGAAAAACAUCAAGUUUGAUAUUAAAUAAACUUGAAUCAAACGAAUUGCCAUCAUUGUCAAAUGGUACUUUUAAAGAAUUACAACUUUAAACUGCUUGAGCUUACAUUAA